AUGUAUCCUGAUUACUGCAUACAGAGCAUGACUACGGCACGCAGAUGGAAAAUGCAUCCUUGUUUGGGAAGUUGUGAGUUUACCCUGGACCAUUAACGACAUUCACUGCAGGACGUCAACACCAGUGUUGAUCCACGUGGUCAAUCACAGCCGUACAUGAUGUGGCGUGGAUGCUCUCUGGAUUGUGUGGCAUCGGGAAUGGGUCGCACUUCCACCUUGGUGAGACUAUUUCUCAUCAUCAUGGUUCCUGUUGUGAGAGGCGGCUGUUUUCAAAAUACUUCUACAGUUGUCACGAUGUGUCAGAGUGGUGAAGUGACAACGACGUCCCUCUUCAUCAACGCCAACACAAUGGUUCAUGAACAUGAGGUUUGUUCCUGCACCAUCUCUCAGUUUUCCGGCGAGAUGGAGAUCUUUGCUUUGCCAGGUACUGUCAUCAGUGACUGUACAGUGAAACUGAACUUCUAUGAACGACUAUCUACUACCAAUGCUGCCAUCUACAGUCUACACUGUCUCCAGGAUAGAAGUUUCACUGAAACUUUUGCUUCAACCCAAGAGAUUCUGUUGAACCUCACAGGACUUGGCACACUAGAUAUCUGCAUUGGUAUUCGAAAUACUGCAAAAAAAUCAAAGUUCAAGAUAGCAUGUUCUCCGAGGGUUCAAAUCAGACCUGAUGCAUCAAGAAAAAGGUCAACUAUUAGCACAUUGACGACCGCCACAGGAUUCACAGGAUACACAGGAUACACAGUUUCCGCGUCUUCUUUGCGAGAUGCUGCAUCAACCGACAGGUCUCCUUCAACCAGCUCGACCUCUGUUACAACAGUGAGAAAUGGUAACCGAAUUUAUACUUCGACGGUUUGGGUCAUGGGCGGAGUGGGAAUUGUCAUUGUUAUAUUCAUCGUCGCAGUUGUUAUAUUCUGCAUCAGCAAAAACGCCUUGUCCGGUAAGAAUGAUAAAGAUGAAACGGAAUGACGUGAACACCAUAGUUGUGAUGUGCUGCAAGGGAGAUUCAAGGAGUCAGCACAUGUGAUGAUGCCUCGAUUUCAUGCUGAGCCACAGCCUUCGGAACUUGAUGUUAUCUACAUUUCACCAGUGUUUGUAAGAGUGAGAGAUGAGAUGUGAUUGAUAGAUAAUCUGGUUAGUUAAGUGGUACUGGCUAUAGCGUACAGGUCACAAAUUAGGAGAAGUUCAGCAACGUCGGUUCCGAAGAGUAGUUGGAUGGAUGACCCUCCUGACAGUCUUCGGUCGAGCACUCAAGCACAUAUGUGAUAUCUGUUUAGGCCAGUUUGUUCACAAUAUUCCUGUGUUCACCCAGAAGUGAAUGGUUAGUUGGUUAGUUGGUUGUUUAACGCCGCACUCAGCAAUAUUCCAGCUAUAUGACGGCGGUCUGUAAAUAAUCGAGUCUGGACCAGACAAUCCAGUGAUUAAUAUCAUG